AUGACUACAUCGAACCCAUCAAUAUGGGAAAUACUCCUAGGGUUUUUGGUGGCGGUAGGGGCUUCUAUUAUGGAUGCGUUAGGUCUAAAUUUGCUUCAACUGGAUCACGUCAAAAAUGCCGCAAAACCCCCCGAAAAACAACUAAAUGAAUUUCGUAGGCCUCUAUGGUAUUUGGGAUUAUUUUUGUAUAUCUUCUCUCAAACUGCAGGAGGAACAAUUGCAUUAAAUUUCCUAAAGGCACAGUGGGUAGCACCGAUUGGAUCGGUUUCUCUGAUUUUCAAUUUUAUAUUCGCCCGAGUUUUCGUCGGGACACAAAUUACCAAAAAGGACAUUAUAGGAACCAUCGUUAUUAUAGUUAGUGUAAUAUGGGUUGUGGUAUUCGGAGGAUUAAACAGUAACCAAGACGAGGACUUCGACCUUGAAAGAUUGAAAGAACUAAUGUUACGACCAGUAUCCGUCGUCUACUUUUCCAUUUUUGACUUGCUUACGUUCACUCUCUUCGGGAUUACAACCUAUAGUCUUUGGGUUCUUAAUGAUGAAGGGAGAAAAAAAAAAAACGCAUAUUUUAGUGGGAUUGAAACCUCCAGAUUGCAAAAGUACGUUGGUGUUUCUAUGGCUUCUGUGGGUGGUCUACUCGCUAGCCAAACUUUGCUAUUGGCCAAGAGUGGCGUAAAAUUGAUUUCCAUUUCUAUCUCGGAACACGAGAGUCAAUUCACUGACAAAAUAAGUUGGUUCAUUGUAGUUGCCCUUAUAAUUACCGCUGUACUUCAGAUUUAUUGUCUGAACACUGGGUUGAAAUUAAGUGAUUCUGUAUUAGUCGUUCCCAUCUUUUAUGGGUUUUACACUGCUUUGGGUCUAGUCAACACCAUAAUUUACCUCGAUGAAUUAAAUUCAUAUCCAUAUUGGGCUCUUAUAUUAGUCUCUUUCGGCAUUUCUACAUUGGUCUACGGUGUUCUGCUUUUGAGUGAAGCGAAGGAAGAAGUCGAGGGCGAAGGUGAAGCUGGAGAUGAUGAAAACUUUCCUUCGAAAGAUGACGAAAAGUCUGACUGGAAGUCUACAAGCGAUAAGACUUCUUCAAGUACCGAUGGAAAAGCAGAUAAGCUAUCAACGGGCGUCAAAGAACUAUGUGAACGUGUAAAAAGUUGGUUUACGGUGGAUUCAAUCAAGUCUUCGACAAUUGGACGAGCAUUUGGUAAAGGAUUCACCAAAUUAAGUGAAUUACGUAGUGGCAGCCAUGUGAGGGACAAUGAUAAAGUGGAUAUACAAAUGGAGGAUGUGGAAGGCGAGAAACCUUCAAGUCAAGGAACAAAUGUAAUAGAGGUUCACGAAAAAUCUUAA